AUGGAAACCAUCAGAAACGCAGCAAACGCGGCCGCUAACUAUGUCGGCCUGGGCGGCACUACUGAAGAGAACAGAGAAGGUGAAUCCAGCCACAUUGCCGGUGGUGAAGCACCUCAGAACGUCGCUACUGGCACAUCUCAAUCCGGUGUCGAGCCUGUCUCUGGCAAGCUUGGUCGUGGAGAGGCUGGUGAGCCCUACGAUGCUGGAAAUGUUGACGGUGCAUCAGGACUUGGUGGUAGCACCGUCCAAAACACUUCUUCAGACUACACUUCUCAAUCGACCACUGGCUAUGGUAGCGGUCUGACCGGCUCGAACACUACCUCAUCCAGAACCACCAAUUCCCAGCCUCUCUCAGAAAAGGUUCGUGAGACCUUUGGGGUUGGUGGAGGAGACAGACAUGCCGGUGGUCUGGGCAGUCGCGAGGACGGACCUGGAUAUGGCACUUCCUCGAAGCGUGACAAGGACAACUCUCUCGGCUCUGUUGUCGGACACGGAUCCAACCCUGACAAGUACUUGUACAAUGCAAAGACAGCUCCUGGACUCGGUGGACAUCGCAUUGGCGACGACUUUACCGACAGCAACACUAGACAUGAGGGUGCCGCAUCCCUUCCUUCCAAGCUAGGAUCUGAUGCUGCUGCUGGCAAGUCUGGAGCUCAAUCUUCGUCUGGAGGCUUGACAGGUCGCUCCGGUAACGACAGCUACUCCUCUGGCACUGGUGAGACUCUUACUCAGAAGGCCAAGGACUACCUGCCUGGCACCAGUAGCCAGUCGAACACCCAAAACGACUCAGCUCUCGCUGGCGCUCAGGAGGUGAUCGGUAGUUCUGGCCGCAACGAACCUGGUUACGGAAGCUCUACCUACGGAUCUAGCAACACCUCAACCCUUCCUGUCCGUACUCAUGACUCGUCUUCGACCACAGCCGACAGCCUUACUCCAGGAAAUGUCAGCGGAGCUAGCUUCGGAGGCACUGGAUCUGGCCUCACUGGCACCUCAUCUGGUACUGCCGGCGGUCUGACCGGCUCGAGCACUACUGGCAUGAGUCAAGUCGCUUGUGAAGAAGAGCGUGAAGGCUACAAGCCUCACGGUGGCCACCCCAUCGGCGAGGCCGCUCACGUCGAUGGCAAGCAGACUUGGCUCGACUACCGCAACGACCCUAACCUCCCCGUCGCUCGUGCUGAGCCAGGCGAUUUGUAA